AAUGGCAAAGGCUGGCCAAGAGUACAUUAAAUACCCCCGCAUAGUCUGAACUUGCUCAAGUGCAUCAGUAUGGACAAUUGGUAUAAAGGUUCAUGCUAAUGCAGCCCGCACUUGUGAUACUGACUUCACAAGCCCUGGUCAAUUCUAGCAUAGUUUCUCUACCACAGAAGAUGAGUCUCCCUCUAUGAGAUGCAAUUCAUCGGAGCUCUCUUUUUUCCGAAGUAUGUAUGGUUUCUCCUUGCGCUAAUUCAAUCCCUAGAGAACUUUGAGGAAGUCAUCUCGAAAUGGACGCGGAAUAAUUCAACUAUUUUUAGAAAGGUCAAUCUAGAGAUCAGUUCUUCCCUGAGCCCUCGAUGUGCAAUCGAUCCAACAGUGCUUAUGCUCGAGGAAAGCCAUAUGAUUUGCUUGACAUGUCUCUGCGAAUAGAUUGAUCUUGUUGAUCACAACCUUCGGCAUGUAAGGUUAAACAGUGAUUUGAGAUUGUAUGCCUUACGAUUAAA